AUGGCUGAUGAUGAAGGAGCAAGUGAUUUCGCCCAGGCGACUCGAUUUAAUGGACUGUUUCAAGCUGGGAUGCCGAGCCCUAUAGCAGUCCUAACUGCUGAAAGAUAUCACUCAUCUAACCCGAUAUUCAAUGAUGAUGCUGGAAGCGCUCGUUGGGUAUGGGGGACUUGCUCUGGCGACAACAAAGUGACGAAACAGAAUUUCCCUAAGGAUGUAGCACCUUCACCAACAUCAGCAACAACUUCCCUAAGCACGACCUUUGAUAAGGAAGAACAGGAAAAAGUCAAACAUUGGCUUAGCAGCACAUCUGAAAGUACUCAGGAUCCGGAACUGCUCAGUCCCUUUACGGAUUUGACGUCGCCUACGGAUAGUUGUUCCCUUCAUACCACUGCACUCCAGCACACAACAGACGCAUCAGCAUCAACGCAAAGCAGCACUUCAGCCUCGUGUCACUCACGCGACAACCCUGCUAUUCUCCAGAGAGCAUCCCUUCGUAGGCUGUCGUCUCCGCUACCUAUUAUUCAGUCCGAAGUUGAACGCGCCCUUUUCAACAACUCUUCUAAGAUGUAUUCUACUCCUCAAGGAGGCCGCAGCGCCGUAGAGCUAGAAUUAGGCGUGGCUAGAGCUCGGGCGCUUAGCAGAGAACCUUUUCAUUCGCGAUCAGGAUCACGCUCUUACCGGGACGAGCCCAGUGAUGCUCCUCCGUACUACAGCCGUAGUAGAGGAAACAGUGCUUCAUCUAGCACAUACCAGCAACUCGGCAAUCCCGCCUCCCCGGAACGUGGACGCUCACUACAGAAUAGAUACGAAUUCCAGUCGAGUGAUGCCGAUGAACUCCUCUCUCCUGUGCCUGAGAGCGCCGGGGGCAACUUCCCCAGCCAUGUCACAACAGUAUCGGAUCUCAUUAACAUGCGCGAUGAAGAACCUCUUCAAAGAUCUCGAGACAUGUCCCGACACAAAUUUCCUCCGAAACCGGCUGUGUCUACUCCUGCUCGUCAGAAAGAGAAACGUCGUCCUGAACCGCUUGAUCUCAAGGAGGCUCACAGGUAUGGUGCGACGACCGGGAGGCACGCGAACAUCGAGGCCGUUCACAAUCCCAUCCCUUCAUCAGAGAAAGACCAGGGCUCUGACAAUGAUAGCCCCUCAGUAUACGGAGCUAGUACACCAUUUCACCUUUACGAAGAGCCCUCGGGCGACCCCUACAAAGCUGGAUUGGGAAGGGGUAGCAUUCUAAAGGGUUACUCUAAUUGGAUGGAGAAGCAACCUACGGAGGAGCGCAACCAUCCGGUCACACCUAUUUCAGAUGUCCCGGUAUCUCACGCUGUUUCUCGAGAGCACUCGCCCGAGAAAGGUAGUCAAGGUCUACCCAAAUCUCUCACCGUCAAUGAUGUUACUAGGGAAUACGGCGCACCGCCUUUUACACCGUUGACGCCGUGGCUUACCAAUGACAAGGUUAAGAAGGUGAAGAAGAAUCUGUUCGGAGAUAAAGGAUGGCUCGAAGAUACCGCCGCGCAAAAGAAACCUGAGCGCCCGAAGACUACGAAUGCGCGUUUCUUCGAUGGCAUGAAGAAGACAGCUCGAAAGAUUGCUGGGAUGGCGGACUUUAGAGUUGGUGCAUCCAGAGUGAGUGUUGCUCGUGAACUCAACAUCACCCUUGAUCCCCGUGAGCAGAGUCUGCUUUACUGUGAGCUAGAGUUCAUCCUGAGCAAUACCCUAAGUGGAUACAUCAACGGCCAACUGCACCUCGGACGCAUGAACCCGCACAUUCAUGCUAAGAUAGCCGACUCCUGGGCACAGAUGGGUCGUCCGAAGGUGAUUGGAUUCCGCUACGAUCUUGAGACCCAAAUCGACAUGAUAUACGCACACAUCGGCAACUUCCGAUUCCAUGGUCCGCACUAUGCAGACGGCCAUAUUGUCAAGGGCCUCCUAUACGGUAUGAAGAUGAACGCGCGCAACAUGCGGAUCCGCACACACUGCCAGCCGGACUCGGUCAUCGCGAAGCACAUCUUAGACUCCCAGGCGCUCAUGCAGCUGCUCAACAGCCCUCCCGAGUUACAGACUUCGCUGGCGGAAGUGUGCCAAUUCUUCCGGACUAUUAUCGAGGUCCGCCAGGAGAAGCAGGAGAAAGAAGAGGCGGCGAAGUCGUUCGUGGAGUACGCGCCUAACUCUGGCUUCAAACAUCGAAGUCAGGAUGAUCUGUCCCCUCCCAAGGGCAAACAUCCCGGCGAGUACCGCAUCAAGAAUCAGAUCAAUGUCCCGCCGAGACAGCGCGACUUUAGCGGCCCGAUUCUUGAGCCUAAGGUGUAUAACCCCUCGGAACAGCCGCAUGCUUUGACGAAGUAG